AUGUAUGGUUCUUCAGAGCCCACAGAAUGUGGUGCAUCUGCUCCUCUCAUUACAGUGUGCCAACUUGUUGUUACCAACAUGAAAGCUUCUAUGCCACACGGAAAUAUAGUUCGGCACGUUCUAUCUACAGAAGCUUCUUUGGUUAUGUACAAUGGGCUUGCUGCUUACGGAAGGAGUCGAGACAAACAUUUUGUUCAAGAAAUGCACGAAACAGGAAUAAGUGUCUCUCCUAACAGAGUCACUGCAGUUACAUCGCAACUAUGUAGGAUGGUUGUCAAACGUGCCUUAGAGGAGAAAGUAGUGUGCCCCUCCAAUCUCAGAAAAGACCUAUUUACCGUUGCUGCAAUUGACAACUUUGAUGUGAAGGCCACAAGCCUAUCAGGCAACAGUGAAUUUCACGGCACUUCUAUCUCUAUCUUUCAACAUCCCACAUCAAGCCACAAGGGUGUGACUCGUACAUUUUGUACAAACUAUACGGACGUCAAAGCAGGUGGCGAGCGGAGUGUCCCGGAGCUUCCAGACUUUUACUCUACUGUCCCAGAUUUUGUCCUUCCAAGCAAACGACCCAGUCCACCAGAGAGCAACCUGGUAGUUGCCGCAAAAGUUGUUGGGGAAGGUAAUUAUUACGAGCAUUUUAAGGUCACUCACGUUAAGAGAGCAAGAGAGGUCCAUCAGGUGACAGCAUCUGUCUUGCAUACUUUGCUUCUUGAAGCUUACGAAAAUGACGAUCCUGACAAUUUAGAUGUUGAUCUAUGGGUCCUAGAAAGAGGCAAGGAAAAUCCAACCUUCUAUUAUUGGCUUCAAGUCCUAAAUCAUCACAUUCUUCUAUCAACCUUUGUGAAGUCAAUAAGGCAGAGUAACUUCCUUUUGUAUAAAGAGUGCCUUCAUCGAAUGUUACCUUGGUUUUUCCUCUUUGAUCGUCAAAACUAUGCACGAUGGUUGAAAGUGCACUCUAUGAAUCUUGAGGAAUUAGAAGAAAAAGCACCCGAACUUCACCAACAAUUUCUUUUGGGGAAAUUUACUGUUAACGCAACUGGAAAAAAGGACUCAGCAGUGGGCAUCGACCACCGCCACGAGCAAAACAACAAAGAACUCAAGAGCUCUGGGGGGGCCGUGGGACUAACUCAUCACCCUGCUGCAUUGAGGAGAUUCACUGUUGGAGCUCCCAAAGUAUCCAGACUCCUACACGAGUUUAACUCUGGAAACUGUCCAGAAGAAGAAGAUGACGAGCUUGAAAUUCACCACGAGCAGACCACGUCUUAUCAAACACGUUUUCUUGACAUGUGCACGGCACUGAGAGAUAUCUUUAACGAGUAUGAAAAUCCGUUCAGUGUUAGCGAUCCCAAUCUCUUGGUUAUUGAUGUGUCACGAGUUGUGAUGGAAGAAAGUGUUGCUCAAGAACUCAUGAGUGCUGAAGCUAAAGGAACAGCCUUGGUAAAAUCUUUUGUAGAGGACAGGCUUGUUAACAAUACUAAAACUAAAAUCUUUGAUCCGAUUAAAAAGUGCAGCUUUGUUAUAUUCGGAAAAAAAAGGAGAAUCAAGGUGCACUGCUGCUCAAAACACUCAAAUCUGCCAUGCAGCUUUAUUCGCGACUUUUCAUUGUCUGCACUGCCCGGGACCUGA